AUGGCGGGUAAAAAACUACACGAUAAUGUGUUGCGGACCAAAGCUCCCUCUGUUCUUGGACGGAGUGUAUUUAUUGGUCUCCGCGCUUUGGAUGUGUUCUGGCAGUACCACCUCCUGAGCCAGGGCUGGCUCACACGUGCCAUCGAAAGGCUUGAUGGCUUCUUGCCACGACCUUAUUAUUCAGUCGUGUUGAUGCUGUCGCUCGGUAGCAGCGUCAAGCAAAUUCUCGCGAUGCUUCUAGUCUCCGAGCAAGAAACCCCUGUCGCUUCUGCGGCAAUGAUUGCGACUUUCAACACGGUUAUAAACACAGUUAAUACCCUACUGUCGGUCUGGAUGGCUACUCGCCCAGCUUCCACCUCGAAAUCUUCCUCCCUGGUCACAAAUCCCAUCAUCGUUGCUGGGUUGGCUGCUUACACCGUUGGAAUCCUCACCGAGCUGGUUUCUGAGCUGCAGCGACGAUCUUUCAAGCGGAACCCAGCCAACAAGGGCAAGCCAUAUAGUGGGGGGCUGUUUUCUCUGGCCAGACAGAUCAACUACGGGGGAUAUACUUUGUGGCGUGCCGGUUAUGCCACGAUCACCGGUGGUGUGGCAUGGGGUGGUUUCGUCUUCUCUUUUUUCUUUUACGACUUUGCCACGCGUGGGGUACCAGUCUUGGAUGAGUACUUGGUUAAGAGGUAUGGUGAGCCGUAUAAGAAGGUUAAGAGACGCGUCAAGUAUAGCUUGAUUCCAGGUAUAUACUAAGGGAAGAUUUUAACGGAAAAGGCGUUGUCAUACCAUCAAGAGAUCUCAAUUUGUACGGCUCUCUCUUUAUCACAUGCUGAACAGCAAAGUGCCAGCACAGACAAACAGAUAGCAGCAUGAAAUAUCUCGAAACCUAAAUUAGAUAAUAUCAUAGUAUGUGGCAUCGAUCAAAAGUCAUG